AGAAAAAGUGAAAAAUGAAUUAUAAAUAGCAACACAAAAAAAAUAAAGUUCUCAAUAUUGUGUUGUCUCUCUAUCCAUUUCUUCAUCCAAUUUUCUCGUACUCUUUCUUUCUCUCUAAAACUGGGGUUGGUUUGAUUUUUUCAAGAUAGCAUUGAUAGUUGGUCUAAAUGGUGGUUCCGUUCAGCGUUUUAGAUAAGACAACGACAGAAGAAGAAAAAACAUCGUCGUUGUUAGAGGGUGAAGAUGAGGAUGAUCAGUGUUCAUCUUCAACAACAUCGUCCAUCGGGAAGGACAGCGAUGCGUUCGAAUGCGAGGACAUAGACAAUGAGGAAAAUGAGGCUCAGAGUGCGUAUAAAUAUGAUGAGCCUUUGAAUAUGAUGAACGCACUCCAACAGCUUUUGCCCACCAGGAGGGGCAUCUCAAAGUUUUAUGAUGGUAAGUCCAAGUCCUUCAUGAGUUUAGCAGAUGCUGCUUCUUUUCCGUCCGUCAAAGACAUUGCAAAACCAGAGAAUGCUUACACAAGGAGGCGUAGAAAUUUGAUGGCCUUUAAUCAUGUUUGGGAUAAGAAUAGAAAUUUCCUGUUAAGAAGCAACAGUGGUGGAAUUUCUAAGAGAACAAUAAGCUUGAAUCGCAGCGCGAUGGCUCUAGCAUUUGCCACGAAUUAUGACAGCAGCAGUAGUUGUACGAGCGAGGAAUCAACUUCAAGCUCAAAUUCAUGGACUUCUCCACCACUUCCACGAAAUCAAGUGUAAGUUCUUCUGUUCAAAAGAAUUUCUCAGCCUAACAAUCGUUCUACUCCGCCAAUUUCCAACAGUGUUAGUAUAAUUGGAAUGAAAUGAAAUCUUUCCUGGGAAAUGAAGCAGCUCAUCUAUCAGUACCUAAGUGAGUGGGUAAUUGCAUAAGAAACCAGUGAUAAGAUCAUAAAUCUUUUAUUUUAGGGUAACGGUCAUAGUAUAUGGCAAGCAUUGUAAGCACUAACUCAAUAAAUAAACAUUACUAAUUCUUAA